AAUCCAAGGGUGCCUGCCAUAUCUGGUGGUGGUAGUGGUGGACUUCCACCCUCUCUACAAGCGCGGGUGAACACGAAACCAAAAGGCCAUCGACUUUUUGAGUUCCUUUUCACUUUUCCACUGAAUUUCGAGGAGAUCAUCCACAUUCCUCACCUUUAAUGGUUACAAUACUUAAUUAGGGAAGAUCCUGACAACAAAAUGCUAACCAUCUCAUCCUUCUCAUCUUGAUCCCUUCUUCUCUUUCUUCACGCCCCGAUCCACUUCGCGAAAAUCCAUGGCCGAUUCCCGCAAGAAGACUAUCAUCGACACCGACCCUGGCAUCGAUGAUGCUAUGGCCAUUUUUCUGGCUUUACAAUCCCCAGAGUUGGAUGUGCUUGGACUAACCACUAUUUUUGGGAAUGUUUAUACUACUCUUUCCACAAGAAAUGCCUUGCAUCUGUUGGAGAUUGCUGGUAGGGCUGACAUCCCAGUGGCCGAAGGAUCGCAUGUCACAAUAACUAAAGGUACAAAACUUCGUGUUGCUGAUUUUGUCCAUGGGGCCGAUGGACUUGGCAACCAAAAUUUUCCUCCUCCAAAUGGGAAGCCGAUAGACCAGUCGGCAGCUGCUUUUCUUGUUGAACAGGCAAAUCUUUACCCUGGAGAAGUAACGGUUGUGGCUCUAGGACCACUAACAAAUAUUGCACUGGCUUUGCAAUUGGAUCCCGGAUUUCCAAAGAAAAUUGGGAAGAUUAUUAUUCUUGGUGGUGCAUUUUUCGUAAAUGGAAAUGUAAAUCCUGCAGCAGAAGCCAAUAUAUUUGGGGAUCCUGAAGCUGCAGAUAUGGUAUUCACAAGUGGAGCAGACGUGUUAGUUGUGGGGCUAAAUGUCACACAUCAAGUUGUCAUGACAGAGGCGGAUCGUGACAAAUUGGGAAGAUCAGAUGGGAAAUUUGCCAAGUAUCUCUGCAAAAUUUUAGAUAUUUAUUUCUCCUACCACAGGUAUGCAUAUGAAACAAAAGGAGUUUACCUCCAUGAUCCAGCAACUGUGCUAGCGGCUGUCGAUCCCUCACUUUUCACGUACACGGAGGGCGUAGUUCGAGUCCAGACAACGGGCAUCACAAGAGGCCUCACAAUUUUGUACAACAAUAAGAAAAGGUUUGGUGAAGUGAGUGAAUGGUGUGAUAAACCCACCGUGAAGGUGGCGGUCACAGUGGAUGCCCCGGCCGUUGCGAAAUUGGUGAUGGACCGACUUAUCGACUCGUAGAGUAUAUAUAAAAGUUGCAAUAAGGAAUUCCUUCCAUACGGAGGAAUGGAAUGUUUUAUAUCCCAGGUCUAUAUUUAUUGAAUCCUCAAAGUCAUUCUGAAAAGGAUCUCACUCAAUAAUAUUCAUCCUCAUCUUGGUGUUGUUUUUCUUCUGUCAUGAAUGAUUUCGCUUGUGAUAA